AUUUCCGGUUAAUAAUGGCGGCUUGUUUCGUUUUCUAGCCAAGAUACUUGAUGCACCGUGUAACCAUUUACUAAUUAUGGCAAUCACUUAUUGCGAUAAUAUUUACAAAAAUAAUUAGAUUAGAUAUUAAGAAUCUGGACAUAUUUAUAAGCCAAAGUGGCUACCAUGCUAUGCAUUAGCCUGUUGCUACAACAAGCUUUUCUUGACAUCCUGUUUUGUUUUAGUCUUAAAAUUUUGUUGUAAAGUUUAACAAAAUGGCAGAUGAUGCACGUUUUGCUUUCAUUGUGGAAUGGUAUGAAGAGUUGGCAGCUCGGACCAGAACUUUCCAAUUUUUCUACUAUUCUGGCAGUAAAAGUAUUGAAAUGUUUGACAUUAAAACUCGAAAAAUGUUCCUGAAAACCAACAUUUCUGCUUCCCCAAUAGAACUUCAAGAUUUAUACAUUGGGGCUUCCAUCAAUGUGUUGGGAAGGCAACUAAAAAUUGUUGACUUUGGAGACGAGUUCACAAAAAGGAAACUGAUGAGCAAACUGGAGAGGACUCUUGGCUAUGUCAAGCCAAAUUCACUGGACAAACUUGGAGAGAUUAUUCAUGCAAUCUAUGAUCGAGGCCUCCUUAUUUCCAAACUGAGGCUCUGCAAGGUUGAGCACAAUGAUGCAUACCGACUCCAUGAAGAAGACAAUAAGCAAAGUGCUAUGAACAUCAACGCCAUCACUAGUGGACCAAUAGUGGCCUUUGAACUGGUGGGAGAGAAUGCAGUGCAAAGAUGGCAGGAACUAGUGGGGCCGACUGAUCCCUCGGUGGCCAGAUCGGAGGCCGCUUCCUCACUGAGGGCCAGGUUUGGUAAAGAUUUGUUGCACAAUGCAGUUCACUGCUCUGGGAGUCCUUCAGCUGCCGCCAGAGAGCUAGAAUAUUUCUUCCCAUCAUGCAGCAAGGCCACUUUGACAAACUGUGCGCUGGGCUGCAAUACCACUUUGUGUCUAAUUAAGCCUCAUGCAAUUAAAGCUGGUUUAGCUGGUAAAAUCAUCAUGGCCAUCCAAGAUGGAGGCUUCAGUUUUAACACCAUACAGAUGUUUCACAUGGAGAAAGCUAACGUUGAGGAAUUUCUUGAGGUGUAUAAGGGUGUGCUCCAUGAGUAUCCAGGCAUGGUCAGUGAGCUAGCCUCUGGUCCUGUCAUUGCAAUGGAGAUUAUCAGUAAAUCUACUGACAAUGUGGCAGAAGCUUUCCGUGAGUUUUGUGGACCAAUGGACCCAGAAAUAGCCCGCCACAUUCGACCUAGAACAUUGAGAGCCAGUUUUGGUGUGAACAAAGUUCAGAAUGCAGUCCACUGUACAGAUCUACCAGAAGAUGCAUCAUUAGAGGUUGAAUACUUCUUUAAAGUUCUUGACCGCUGAGUGACCGAGCGAACAGAACCUGUGUAAACAGUUAGUCUGUAAGGCAAAGCUGAGGGUCACCUUAUAGUUUUGCUAUAAGAUCAAAUGUUUGUAAAGAAUAUUUACAUGUAUACGUAUAGAACCUGGCACGUAAUGUGUCACAGCAUUUGUAACACUUUGUCUUAAUGAGAGCAAUCUCUUUGCAUACAUAUGAUGUUUUUAUUUAUUUAAUUUUUUUUUUUACUUUUCAAUGCCUGUAAAAUAUCAUCAAAUAAAAACUUUUUUUUUUAAA